UCUCUUGCUUGAAUUUUCAGUCUCUUCUCCCAGCCGCCAUUAAAACCAGCACUCGCAAACUCCAAUUUCUCUUCUCCGGCAAUGGCGUCUAUCACCGCAAAUAAUCCAAUCUCCGGUAACCCACUAAUCUCAUUCCGUCCCAAAAACCCUUUACUUCAAACCCAAACUCUCUUCAAUUUCAAACCAUCAAUCUCCAAGCACUCCAAUUCUUCAUUUUCCAUUCCCAUUGUCCGCUGCUCCAUCCGCCGUAGACCGGAAUAUACUCCGAGUCACAUUCCCGAUCCAAACUACGUCCGGAUAUUCGACACCACUCUCCGUGAUGGCGAACAAUCACCAGGGGCUACAAUGACUACAAAGGAGAAACUGGAUGUUGCACGUCAGUUAGCUAAGCUUGGUGUUGAUAUAAUUGAGGCUGGUUUUCCUGCUUCUUCUGAAGCUGAUCUUGAAGCAGUGAAAUUGAUAGCUAAGGAAGUUGGGAAUGGUGUUUAUGAAGAGGGAUAUGUUCCGGUUAUUUGUGGAUUGGCGAGGUGUAAUAAGAAGGAUAUUGAUAAGGCGUGGGAGGCUGUGAAGUAUGCUAAGAAACCGAGGAUUCAUACGUUUAUUGCUACAAGUGAGAUACAUAUGAAUUAUAAGCUGAAAAUGAGUAGAGAUCAAGUUGUUGAGAAAGCUAGGAGUAUGGUGGCUUAUGCAAGGAGUAUUGGGUGUGAGGAUGUUGAAUUUAGCCCUGAAGAUGCUGGAAGAUCUGAUCCAGAGUUUCUUUAUCAUAUCCUUGGAGAGGUUAUCAAAGCUGGGGCAACAACCCUUAACAUCCCUGAUACUGUUGGAUACACUGUACCCGAGGAAUUUGGACAAUUAAUUGCUAAAAUAAAAGCGAAUACCCCAGGAGUUGAAGAUGUGAUCAUUUCAACACACUGCCAGAACGAUCUUGGGCUUUCUACUGCCAACACCUUAGCUGGAGCAUGUGCAGGUGCAAGACAAUUGGAAGUGACCAUCAAUGGAAUUGGUGAAAGAGCUGGAAAUGCUUCUUUAGAGGAGGUUGUAAUGGCCUUAAAGUGUCGUGGAGAGCAAGUACUAGGUGGCCUAUAUACAGGGAUUAAUACACAACAUAUACUCAUGUCAAGCAAGAUGGUAGAGGGUACGGGACUUCAUGUGCAGCCACACAAGGCCAUUGUUGGAGCUAAUGCCUUUGCUCAUGAAAGUGGCAUCCAUCAGGAUGGAAUGUUAAAACACAAAGAUACAUAUGAGAUUAUAUCUCCUGAAGAUAUUGGGCUUAAUCGUGCUAAUGAAUCUGGUAUUGUCCUUGGGAAACUCAGUGGGGUCAUGCUUUGCAAGCCAAUGCUUGAGCUUGGAUACGAGAUUGAGGGAAAAGAACUUGAUGACCUGUUCUGGCGAUUCAAAUCUGUCGCUGAGAAGAAAAAGAAAAUUACAGAUGAUGACCUGGUAGCACUGAUGUCAGAUGAAGUUUUCCAGCCUCAAUUUGUGUGGCAACUUCAAAAUGUACAGGUUACUUGUGGAAGUCUUGGCCUUUCUACAGCAACCGUUAAGCUCAUUGAUGCUGAUGGUCGAGAGCAUAUUUCUUGUUCUGUUGGAACGGGGCCAGUUGACGCGGCUUAUAAGGCAGUUGAUCUCAUUGUUAAGGUACCUGUAACACUCCUUGAGUAUUCCAUGAAUGCAGUCACACAAGGUAUAGAUGCUAUAGCUUCAACCAGAGUCUUAAUUCGUGGAGAAAAUGGCCAUACAUCAACCCAUGCCUUAACUGGAGAGACUGUUCACCGUACAUUUAGUGGAACCGGAGCAGAUAUGGAUAUUGUCAUCUCCAGUGUCCGAGCCUAUGUUGGUGCAUUGAAUAAGAUGAUGAGUUUCAGAAAACUAAUGGCGAAAAAUAACAAACCCGAAAGCAGUGCAGUCGUAUAAGUACUUCUGUGCUAUCAAGGUUAUGGAACUUUUGCAGCUGCACUGGAGCUUUAUCAUUUGUACAAAAUGUAGGAGGCUGUUCAAAGAAUUUGAGCCUGUAGUUUUCAAGAAAACAAAGCUUAUAUGUCUGGUAGUGCUUGAAAAUCAUCUAAGUUUAUGGUGUAUCAGUUGGAACAUUAGACACAUUGUCCAUAUAACUUUGUUCAUGCUCCCGUUUAACUAAUUUAUGAAUCUACAUACCACGAAGAUUUUCGAAAUG